UUUUUCUGAAGCAGUGGAAUGCGAAGUUCCGAUUCCGAUCUUAUCUUUGUUCGAUUUCUCGUCAUUACCAAUUUCCAUCCAAUUCCCCAAAUUUCCCUUUUACUGCAUCGCUUUCUUCAUUUGGGCGGCGAAUUUCUACAGCCGCCGGAGUUCCAGUUCGAUCCAGAUCAUUUUCGCCUCACUAUCCAAUUGCACAUAUGACAUACACAUGGCUACUUUAAAUCCUGUUCUUGUGAAUUUGCGGAAGUAAUUUCUUCAUCUUGUGCUUUGGCGAUGGAGCAUCUUCCUGUUGAAGUGAUCGGGAACAUACUUUCCCAUCUCAGAGGUGCUCGAGAUGCAGUGAUUGCUUCGGCAACUUGCAAGAAAUGGAGAAAGGCUUGGCGCAAUCACCUCCACACCCUUUCUUUUGAUUCUGAUGAUUGGCCUGUGUAUCAUGAUCUCACAACCAGCAGAUUGGAAAUUCUUAUCACUCAAACCAUAUUUCAAACAACUGCGCUGCAACAUUUGGCAAUUUCAAUGGACGAAGUUGAGGAGUUCUCUGCUGCACCCGUUAUGGCUUGGCUCAUGUAUACUAGAGAGACUCUGCGCCAACUUCAUUAUAAUGUGAAGACGACCCCGAUUUUCAAUAUCAUUGAGAAAUGUGGUCGACAAAAGCUUGAAGUGUUGGCGCUGGCUCAUAACUCUAUAACAGGCGUAGAACCCAGUUACCAGAAGUUCCCUUGCUUAAAAUCACUUUCGUUGAGCCAUGUCAGUAUCUCUACAUUGGAUUUGAGCCUUCUUCUGACCACUUGUCCUAAACUCGAGAAAUUGGCUCUAAUCAGUCCUGAUAUUUCGAUGUCGGAUAUGGAAGUUAGCAGUUCCUCAUUGAGGGAUAUACAUGUUGAAGCAAUCAGUUUGGACAAGUUUAUAUUGGAGGCCGAUAACCUUGAAGCUAUGCAUCUAAAAGAUUGUACUCUUGAGCUGUUUGAAGUAGUUAGCAAGGGAGCUUUGAGAGUUCUAAGGAUUGAUGAUGUUAGUGUUAUCCAUCUUGAUAUUGGUGAGAACAUGGAAAAUCUCGAGGUAGUAGAUGUCUGCAACUUUACUAUUUUGUGGCCGAAAUUCUACCACAUGAUAUCGAAAUCAUCGAAAUUAAGGAAGCUUCGGCUGUGGGGCGUUGUAUUUGAUGAUGAUGAAGAGGUAAUGGAUUUAGAGACCAUUUGUAUGUGUUUUCCUUGGUUAAGCCAUCUAUCACUAUGUUAUGAUUUGAAAGAUGGAACCCUUCAGCAUAGUUUGCAGGGGUCAUCUCAUUUGUUGAAUGUGGUAGUGCUUGAACUUGGGUGGAGUGUAGUUAGUGAAUUUUUCUCUGAAUGGAUGGAAAAACUUCUUGGAAGAUGCCCCAAUUUGAAAAAAUUGAUCAUAUGUGGGGUUGUUUCUGAGGUUAAAACGCAUGAAGAAUGCCAAACUUUGGCGAGCAUCACCUUAUCCCUUGUCCAGUUGAUGAGAAAGUAUAGGCAUGUGGAGGUUCAAUUUGAAUAUGAAUAGAAAAAGUUCAUGGAUGUUUGUUCGGUCUCCAAGUUUGUUCUGAGAGCUGUAUCGAUAUCAAAUGCAUCCCAUCAGGUUUUUGACGAUUCUGAAAACCUCCGUCUUCUUUGUUUACAAGCAUUUAUUAGUUUGAGCAAUUGCCAUAUCCUAGUUGACAGAUUACGAACUUUUCUUUUCUUUUCUUUUUCCACAAGGUUCAUUUUUAGAGACUUGCUAGGAUUCUGUAUCUACCCUGAAUUUGUAUAUUUUUCUAAACUCCCUGAAUUGUAUCUCUCUUUUCAGAUAUAUACUAUAAGCAAAUAGCAUUUAAAAGCA